AUGCUUGACAUUUGGUCAUGGAUUUGCGAGCUACCCAACUUGUCCCAAUGGACCGAGUCGGACCCCUCGUUGGUGUUCGAACUCGCUAGCGCCGGACCGAGUCACGGCAGCUCCGCAACUCAGUCCAUCCAACUCAGAGCUGAGCGAAGUUCCGGCUCCAACAUCGACACAUUGGUCACCUUCUCGGUUUGCUUGCAUGGCUUUCAGAACCUCUCCAAGAAGACCCUCUGGGUUUCUGACACGUGUUGUUUGUCUUCAGAGAAGCCGUUCCUCCCUCUCUUACUCCAGCUUCUCCAGGAGAUCAUAUCCCGGUCGCCGACGGCGCACGAUAGCACGUGCCCGCGUUCCCAGCUCCAGGCUCUCAAACCCGACCCGCUUUCUUGGGUCAUGGACUCACACUCUCCCGAGUCUUUCUCCACCUUCUUCGACCUGGUUUUCAUUACGCGGCUCUUCUGGCUGUGCGCGUGUGACGCGCCGAGUGAGGUUGGUUCACUCUACUUCAAGUCCUUGCUGGCUCCUAAUAUUGAAGGUUUGAUGUCUAAGCACGCGCCGGCGCUGCGGACGUUCUUGAUCACAGUCGGAGUGGACGCGGAGCUGUGCUUCAUGCGUACCCUCGGGUACAUGUUAGCAAAAUGGUGCAUGUUAAGGCAGGUGGGCGUAGGUUUACAGACGCUAACAUCUUUGACGGCGCCGUCUCAUCAGAAUUUAGGAUUCUCGUACGCGAACGAGGCUUGCGGGUUUUGGGUGCUGAAGGGAUACGCGCCGGUGCUUGGGAUGAGAACCACGCGCUCGGUCAACGUUCAGACGAAUCAGUUUCCGGUUAUGGAAACGACCAAGGACUCGGUGCUGAAGUACGCUCUGGCUCACCAGCAGCUGGAGGCAGUUGUUCAGGUGGAAUAUUCCGUUGGAUUCUAUGACGGAUUUAUUCAGGUGACGGCACAUGUCGACAAUUUACGUUUCCACGUGGUGACUCUUGGAUUCAACAAAAACAAUGACGUGGACUAUGCUGACGAGAAGUAUUUCCCGUCGAGGAUACGAGUUUGGGUUGGGCCUGAAGUCGGGGCGAACUAUGUGCAUGGAUUGAGUUUGGGGCGAUCCACAGAUAACGGGGAGAAAGAAGUGAAAAUGCAAAAGAUUAUGAAGAGUAGUUUCGGCAAGUCAAAAAAUCCGAGAGUGAAAGCGGCAAUGAGGAUGUCCACGAGGACAAGGAAGAAGAAUUGGAGGUGGGACCAAGAUGCCGAGGGGAAUGCCGCUGUUUUCGAUGCUGUGUUAUGUGAUAACGUGACCGGUAAUGAAGUGGCAACGUGUAAUCCGUCUAUUGGUGAGAAAAGAGAGAACAAUAACAGUUUACGUAGACGAUACCAAGGUGCGAAUAGGGCGUUUACUAAAACGGGGAGUUUGGUGUUGAGUGGAGAUGAGUAUGGGGAAGGGGUUGGAUGGAGAUUGAGUAGGGAGAUGGAAGGGAGUGUGUUGAAGUGGAGAAUAGGAGGGAAGGUUUGGUUGAGUUAUUGGCCUAAUGAGGUCAACACUAGUUAUUGUGAGACAAGGUGUGUGGAGUGGUGUGAUGAGGUUGAUUUGCCUUUGAUACUUGGAAAAAUUAGCAUAUGA